AUGGAAGCACCUAUGGCCACCGAAAUGGUUGUCAAACCAGACCAGAAUGAGAUAUUGCAAAUGCACUCUAUGCCACCUUGGAAGUGCUACGAGUCCGAAGAAGAGGACGUAUCCGAGACAAGCUCGCAGAGCGUCUUUUCGCACACCGAGGGCGACAUAACCAACGAGUCUGAUGCAGAUGAGUCUAUCAACGAGGUAGAUCUUUAUUCCAAUAGACUAUCAAUCAUAACGGCAAAACGUAGCAGUGCAGCGACCUGUGUUCCCGCUCACCAUGGACAGGAUGCAUCUAUUACCGACGACAACGAAGAUGUGUCCCCGGUUACCGAGUACAUGACACCACCGGUUUCUCCAAUUUACUUAUCAGCUGUAUGCUACGUUCCAGAUGGUUCCGAAAGCUCAUCUCGGGACGAAUCGUCUGCAGACGCUGAAGAUAACGAAGAUGAAGUACACGAGGUUUCCGAAGCCAGGCAGGUGUUUUUCACGACGCCAGCUUCCAGGCCAAAUAUUGUCAUAAUUCAGAGUCCUACCACUGAAGCUAUUCUAACUGCUCGAAUGGGCGAUCCAGUUCUGCCGCAGCAAUCCAGCGAGCAGAACAAACAGGAAGCUCCUCCAGCUAAUCUUCGCAAGAGGCCAUCUAACAAGAGGUCCUCAAGCGCUUCGGGAAUGACUACUCCAGCGGACCGCUCCAAACGAUACUCAGCCAUGUUCUACCGUGAUUUCACCCGGAACGGUGAGGUGACAUACGCUGAUUCUCGAAACCAUACACGAGCCCAGUCCUCGCAAAGCCCAGCACGGAACUCCUCACGUCCGAGGGUAGUAUCACGACAGGACAGCAUUAUCAGCAAUGCUACCGACUCUUCCGAAGUACGACAAUCACGACCACGACGAAUCCCAUCCCAACGCUCCUCCAGCAGAAACAGUCGCCACGCCCCAGACCAUGAAUCACCACGAAACUACUCACGACCACGCCCCAUUCGCAGCUCAAGCGUUGCCAGCGACAUGACAGCCGGAAGCUCAACAUCUUGGAAACGAGUCCACGCACACAACUGGUCUAGCUCAUCCAUUCAAUACCCAAGCUCGUCCUCCUCCAUCGUCGAUGGGGCUUCCUCUUCCUCUUCCUCAUACUCAACACCACCGGGCGAAAGCGAAUCAAAACCAACUCCUCAUCCACUCUCAAUAACCACAACGCCAACAUCCCCUACAGCUGACUCACUGGAUUUCCAACAAAUGAAAUUCAACCAACAACAGUCGUUGCAGUCAGCAAUCACAUCCCACAGCAGCAACAGCGACAUCGACUGGCCCCCCGUUCAAUACGGACGAUCAUCCACAAACUCCAAUAAAAAGACGUUCCCCUAUUCUCACCCCCGAAAUCUUUCAUUGUCAUUGACCACAGUCCUUGCCACUGCAUCAGUCGAAAAUCUGACGGAUUUUACAUCAGCACGGAGUCGAAGGGGCUCAGUCGCCACCACGACUCCCACCACCACCACCACCACCAUCACCAUCACCAGAACAAGGAAAUCAUCAAUAUCUGCAGUCAUGUCAGCUGCAGUAUCAUCCGGCAAAUCAUCAAGCCAUUCAACGAAUACGAUGAAAUUACUGAUGGGCGGGUUUAGGGGGCUAGGAAAACAGCGGAACAUUCGGCAAUCAUAG